AGGUCAAUGAAAGGAAUAGUUUAAGUGAACGAACCUUACGUAUCAUUGUGACAGUCAGCUGAUUGUGACAUUGUCAUUUUACGAGGAGGUUAUAUUAUUCCGUAACCUUCCUGUUUCAUAACUUAUAUUUAAGUGUUCAACUCACGGGUGUUUGUUUAUUCUCGUUUAUUCAUAUAUUUUUCAAAAUUCCGGUGUGAAAAUGAGCUUAGGCAUUUUAUAUCGUAACAUUACAGUGAACAAUUUGAUUUAUCAACUUCGUUUUGCAUCUUGUUGGUCGUGCAAUAAAGAUAAUAAGAAAUUAGUAAAUAAUUUGUUUUGUUCACAUUGCAAUGUGUUACAAAUGCCUGAUGAGAAAGAGAACUACUUCAAAAUCUUAGGUGUAGACGAAAAUUAUGAUAUAGAAGAAGUUACGUUGGCGAAACAAUUUAAAACAUUACAGAUGAAUUUGCAUCCAGACAAGUUUGCUAAUAAGAAAAAAGAAGAACAAGAAAUAUCAGCACAAUACUCUUCACUAGUAAAUGAAGCGUAUAAAACACUUCUUGAACCAUUAGCAAGAGGCAUUUAUAUGCUCAAACUAAGGGGUAGAGAGAUCCCAGAAAAGACAGAAAUCGACAAAGAGUUCCUGAUGAAAAUUAUGGAGAAGAACGAGGAGGUGGAAAAUGCUGAUACUGAGAAACAAAUUAUGCAUCUUAGAAAAGAAAAUAGAAAAGUUAUAGAAGACUUACAAAAGCAAGUCUCUGCAGCAUUUUUCGCUGGAGAUUUGAAUAGAGCUGAAAGAGUAUUGAGUAUCAUGAAGUACUAUACAAGUAUUGAUAGUCAGAUUGAAGCUGUAAUCCGAGAAAAAGGAAUAAUAAGAUAGCUUCUCUAUUCAUUUUUUGUUAUAUACGUUGAACAU